UUGUUUUUUCAACAUUUUUUAAAUUUUCAUUUGUUUGAAAUUUUUGACAGUUUUUUUCGAGCGUUGUCGUUUUUCCCCUCACUAUUUUCACUUUAAUAUUAUUGUUGAAGGCCACUUUGUGAAAUUUUAAAAUCGAUUUGUUUGUUCGUUCUAAUAUAUCAUUAAUGUCCAGUUAUGCAGUGCAGUAUGUGUUACGGCGACAUGUUGAAGGAAGCCAUGAAUUGGUUUUUAGAAAAAGACCUGCUGUGACUUCAUUAUGUUUAAUUCAUAUGCUGGUUGAACUGGUAGUAGUUUUCAAAGCAGUCAUGAUGAUUAAUGUGGAAAAUUUGCUGUGCGGAAGAAAUGUUAUUGUGAUUUAAAAUCUGUUUUGCCGGGAAAUAUCAUUUCACAGGACUGAAAUGUUGCUGUUCGUAUCGCAGCUUUAUUUUGUUGACGUCAUCAUGCAUUACAGCAUUUAUUAACGUUUUUCUGUUCAACGUAUCGAUCAUUUUAUAAACUAUGUUAAAAUCUUCCAUGGAAGCAUAUUCGAGAAGAAGUGGAACUAUUAUAAGGCGCAUUCAUAUGGUAUUAUUGUCGUGUUUCCCGGUAAAUAUUAUUGAUGAUGAAAGAUUAGAUGUUAAUGAAGAAACGGGAAUGAAUACAGAAUUGAGAGAAGUUAUUGUUCCAUCUGAAGUUAAUUCUCAACAAUCUGUACAAGCCACCAGAAAUUGUCGGCUAAGCUUUCUGCUUGCUGCUGAUAUUGGUGCCGAGCAACCAGAACCAGCUACACGAACAUUGCUACAGGGUCUGGUGCCGAAGGAUGACCCAUACAUAGUGCAUACAUCAGUUCACUAUACAAAUUGCCUCGUACCAAGACUCGAUUUAAUUGUAAAUUCAUCGUAUUACUGGGGCAUUAUGGAUCGUUAUAAGGCGGAAGCGCUACUGGACAACAAACCAGAGGGUACGUUCUUGUUGCGUGAUAGUGCACAAUCAGAGUAUUUAUUCUCAGUAUCGUUUCGUCGAUAUAAACGUACGCUGCAUGCACGUAUUGAGCAAAAAAAUCAUCGCUUCAGUUUUGAUUUUUCUGAUCCAUCAAUUUAUUCUGCAAGCACGAUAACUAUGCUUAUCGCAUAUUAUAAAGAUCCAAUAAAGUGUUUAUUUUUUGAACCACAGUUAUCGGUACCUCUUCCAAGAAACUUUGUUUUUCCACUGCAGCAUCUCUGCCGUGCUCGCAUAGCAAGUUUGACGACUUACGACGGUGUCGAAAAAUUGAAUUUGCCAAUUUUACUGAAGAGUUUUAUUAAAGAAUAUCAUUAUAAACAUCCCGUGAAAACGGUGAAUUAUACACCGGAUACGGAUCUCUUACACGCUUACACCUUAUCAUCGACUGAAACUACGAUGGAUGGAGCAAGUAGUGCUCCAUCUCAAAGUAGUACAUAAGUUAGUCAUUGUUAUGGUGAAC